CUAGUGCCAAGCCGGAUGCCGGAGGGGAAGGUGCGCGCUGCCGCUGUUUUCGACUGAUGUGUGGAUAUUUUUUGUUUUUUUAGCUACACCCUUGAGAUUUCUGAUGUUUGGUAAAAUACAAGGAUUAUUUAAGUGUACUGUAUGUAGUGUAUAGUUAUACAGUCAUGCGUAUGAACGAUUUAUAACAUAAAUAGAGAAUGAAAAAAGAUAUACAGUGAAUAACACACCUGAUAUAAAUAUGGAAACAAACGAUCGAAAUUUUAACUAACAGUGAAGUGUAAUACGAGAUAUUAAUAAUACACUGAUUAUAAAGUUGACAUUACCGUGUAUAGCAUGAUAAACUAAUUAUAUUUGGCAAUAUCAACACCAUAUUUUACAGUGAAAGGGCAGACGAAUAUUGAUCCAAACUUAUCCACAGUCAGAAGCGUUGUUGUUUUUUUCUGAACUGAAAUGAUCAAACCAAGAUGAGAAGGUUAGCAACUUGCAGCUUGGCAACAAGAGCUCCGAUUGCAAAGGAUUUGUUGGAUAUUGCAAAGGUUAUUCCAAGAUGUAUUUUUUGGCGUUUAAUCGAGGAGACGACGCGGAGAGGAUGAAGAUUACUGUAGAACCGAUAGUGUUUAUGUACAAUAUUGCAUACACUGUGCAGUUGAGUUUGCAACAAGAUUUCAUAUUUGCGCGUUUGUGCAAUGAACACUACUCUGCGCAGAUGUGCGACAACUGGUGGCUGGAGAAGAAGGUGGCGUGGGUGGAACGCGCGGCGGUUCGGAGAGUCAUGUGGAUGAGCAUAACCACAGGACUCGUGGCUGUGUUCGCGUCCCAGCUUCUCGGCGCAGCUCUCGAUAAAUACUCCCAGAAACUCGUGAUGCUGGCACCAUUCUUCGGCUCCUUGGCACUGAGUGUGGUGUGCCUCGUCGUUGCAGCUGUGCCCAACGCUUCCUUAGAUCUCUUGUAUAUUGGGGCAGCGAUCAACGGCGCCGCGGGGGGCUUCGUUGUGUUUAAGGUAAGGCACGCGAUUUUAAGGUAAGGCACGCG